AUGAUUCAACUAAAGUCAUUACUAAAUUGCAUCGACAACUCUGGUGCCUCGGUCGUUGAGUGCGUCAACGUCCUGAAGAAGAAGCGGGCCGCAACAAUCGGUGACCGGAUAGUCGUCGUCGUUCAGAAGCAAAGGGCCGCCGGAUCGGAGGGCACCGGCACCACUCUCGCGAACAAGGUCCGCCGUGGAGAUAUCCGACACGCUGUUAUCGUGCGCGUCAAAAAGGAGCUGCAGCGCGUUGAUGGAACCGUCGUUCGCUUCGGCGACAAUGCCUGUGUGCUAGUGAACAAGUCGGGGGAUCCGAUUGGAACAAGAAUGAACGGUGCGUGCUUCGAAUCUCUAUCUAGCCGGGGCCCUAUGGCCAGGGGAAUUGGAAAAUCUCUGGCCACUGAAAUUGCUACGAGCUCAAAUGCUGAUACUUUUCCAGGAGUCGUCGGUCAGGAACUGCGCGGCAAGCAGUGGUCCAAGAUCUUGUCGCUGGCGCCGGUGCAUGUGUAA